AUGCAGUUCUGUGGCUGUUUGCUGUUCUCCUGCCUGCUGACCAUCACUCUGCUGCUCUGCAGCGUCAAGGGCUCCAGAGUCCGGCAUCAACCUCAGCAUGUAGACCGGCCCCCGUCCGGGUCUCUGGCUGCUCCUCGGCCCCGUUCUGGCGGAGUGAAGGCGGGCGAGGAGCUGACGGCGAAGCUGCUCCGAUUGGACCACCUGGUGAGGACGGAGAAUGACGUCAUGGACCCAAAGAGGAAGAGGAGUUUCCCCGGCAACAGCGCCCCUCUGGACCGGCUGUCAGUCAGCUCCAUGGCAACCAAACAGGCAGCAAACAAGCAGAGCAAAGUAGCCUUGUUGCCACGACGACGCCUCCAUCCCCCUCCCAUCGACAGGAUUGGCAUGGGUCGUCUACCAAACAGCAGAGGGUAG